AUGUCGAAGCGGAGUUGGCAAGAGGCCAAUCUGCCUUCCCCACGCUCUGCCCUUACCCUCCAGCGAGCAGGUUCUUCGACGUCGCCCCAUUCCUUUGCUUCGCCUUCACAGGCCACGUCCCCGAGGAAGAUACGUAGCUCCAUCGACGAGCCUCCUCUUAUCGCCAAAGGCCCGCCUAAACCACAGCCAGUCAAUCCCACUAAUGGAGCGAAUGGCGACUCCAGCAAACUGCCUGGAAUCUCAAGGAAGGUCAAGGCAUGCGCAGCGUGCCGCAAACAAAAAAUCAAAUGUAUCAUGCAAGGAGACCCUCCAUGCCAGCGAUGCAAAGAGCGAGGGUUAUCGUGUCGGCUGAACAAGAGUUUACAAACGCUCAUGUCGGAGGAUUCGAGAUGGAAGGCAGCAGUCACAAAAGACGUGACGGCUCUAUAUGCGACUGUCGAAGAAAUAGUCCGAACAUUGCAGUUACCGGCAUUACCGCAGAUGCUUACAUCAACUCAAGAUCCGGCUAUUUUCUUCGACCCAGAAGAACACAAUGACCCAGAUGAUGAAGACCAAUCGCUUGACAAUUCGCCCAAGGUUACGCCCGUCGCCGACAACUUGUCCCACGUCCCGAUUGAGUCGCUGUAUCAGAUCACCGGCAUGCGGUCCUUGAGGGCAACGGAAAACAUCACCGAAGACCAGUCGCGAAUAUGCAAACAACUUCGUGACACAGAUUUCAUCGCCCGGGGUAUCAUCAAACAAGAAGAUGCCGAACAUCUGGCCACCUACUACCUCACCAAGCUUGAUCCAUACAUCUGGCACAUGUGCCCAGAUUACACAGAUCUCGAAUCCUUUCGGCGGCGCUCACCCACCCUGACUGCCUGUAUCUUGACCGUGGCCGCCCUUCACGACAUGAAACUUGGUCAUCUCUACUCCGUAUGCAACAAAGAGUAUCGAAGGCUCGUGGCCAACGCAAUGUUUGAAAGAAAGAUUGACAUGGAGUAUCUGAGAGCACUAGUGCUUGGAUCGUACUGGCUGAGUGACAUCUCCUGGACGCUCUCGGGAUACGCCAUUCGCCGAGCCACCGAAUUCCAGCUCCGUCGGUUUUAUCACGAUAUUACAGAGUCAAUAAAAUCACCGGGCAAGGUGGACCAGGAAAAUUUGCAGGAGGCCAUCGACGGGAUCCGAGUAUUAUAUACCCUGUACAUCUGUGACCAUCAUCUUUCCAUUCUUUAUGGUCGAUCAUCCAUUAUGCGCGACAAUGAGAGCUACAUCACCGGGUGGGAAGCAUAUCUUGCAUGUUCAUUAUCCACAGAUGCCGACCGCAGAAUAGCCGGGCAGAUUUGUUUGAUGUACCUGAUGAAUCAAAUCAGGGAGACUCUGGGGCCUGAAGACACAAGCUUGUUGUUACCGGCCUCUGCGCUCACCAAGAUCGCAGGCUUUGAAAGAGAUCUGGACGACUGGAUUGCGAGAUUUUCCAGACAUAAUCCAAGCCAACACAUCGGAAAUUGGCCGAACAAAGGAGCCAUCAUGCAUUACCACUGGGCUAAAUUAUACCUGCAGUCGUACGUACUGCGCGGAUUGCCUGAAAACGGGGCGGUCAUACCGGAACACUUCCUCGAGAACGCAUCGGCGGCUGUCUUCGCCGCCACGGCAAUCAUCAACCUCCUGUUAGAAGAUAAGGAUGCCCAGCAAGCCAUUGCCUAUGUUCCGCAUCACAUCCACGGCAUGAUCGCGUUUGCUUGUAUGUUUUUGCUGAAGAUUGCCACCAAACACAGCGAGCAGUUGUUCGUGGACAAGGUCCGAUUCCAGCAACUCAUCGAUGCCUUGGCGCAACAAUUCAAAGCCACCGACGUUGGGAAAGAUCAUCUGAUUCACCGGAUGGCUGAGGGACUCGAAAAAAUGGCCGAAACUCUAGGGGGACCACCCCGUGCGAAGAACCGCAAAGUCAACGGAGAACGACCGAAUCAAUCAUUGACAUCGCCGAGUCAGGCGGUGGAGAGCGCAACUCCUGAGGGGAAACCCAACGGAGAACCUGCUCCCCCGGACUAUAGCUCUCUGGACCCCGCUGCGUUUGAUUUUGGAGAUCCUACUUUGGGACUGGGCAUGCCAUUUUUUGAUUUCGAGGGCACCACUUUGGAUGGAAGGGAUACGAUGUGGAAUUUUGCCUCGUAG